AUGUUCAAGCUCGCUUUCGUCACGUUUGCCGUAUUCACUGUGUCUGAAGCAAUUUUCUUCGGAUCUUCCGGCGGUGGCGGCGGAUGCGGAUGCGCUCCUCCUCCACCACCACCAUGUGGAUGCGGUGCACCUCCUCCACCACCUCCACCACCACCCCCACCACCAUGUGCAGCUGCUGCUCCACCGAUCGGUGGUGGAUGCGGCGGGGGUGGCUAUGCUGCUCCACCACCUCCACCUCCCGCUUACUCUCCUCCAAUUGCUCCUCCACCAGUUCCUGCUCCGUACGCAGGUCCUCCCCUUGCUUCUCCACCAGUUGGCAACUCAUACGCCGUUGGAAAAUAA